GAGAAGAACGGAUCUCGUCCUACGCGAUCUAAAUGUGAAGUUCUCCGAUCGUUCUCAUCCCACCUCUCGGCUUCGAUUCCAUAUCGAAUGCGUUCUGAUCAAUCACAUUCUAGUUCAGUUACAUAUUGAUUUAUCGUUCGAGGUAGACAUCUCCAGCAACAUUCGCCACUCACAUAUUCCGACAAUGUCUUACACAGGUUCUCAGCAAUAUGGAGAUGAAGACUUCCUUCUUGUCGUCUCUGGAACAACACGUUAUGCUCCCUACCUUACUGGAUGGCAAGAAUUCAAGGAUCAUCUUCGCAAAGUAGUCAAAGAGCAGCCGGGAUGGGCUGAUGUAUACUCCAGCCAGGGUCAACGACGAGGGGAGAUGCAGGGGUGGUGCCGUCUCAAGAACAGGGAGGAUGCGGAUGCCGUAUACAAAGUCUACUACCGUUCAAAGGGCAUGCUCGUACAUGUGUGGGAAACGAGUCGCAAGGGUGACGGCUAUCGAUUAAUGCGAUGCAAUUGCUCCACAUUGUUCCCUGAAGUUCCCGAAGGAAGUCACUCCACUGGGCGUUGUGGCAUCGACAUCGGAAGAGUAAACCAACUUGGCGGCGGGCGCGCGAGCACAACAGCAGCCUCUGGGCCAUACAUGACGACACAGUCCAGGUACCCGUACGCAAUGUACCCGCAGAUGCAAACCUAUCCCCCACAGCAAGUCGCAUAUACCCAUGCCCCAGUAUACCCAGCUUAUGCGUUACUGCAACCGCCGGUAUACUCGACUAGCACGAACGGGAUGCCAGUCAAUGUUCGAGGUGGAGCAGUCCUGACUGAAGCACGCGGCAUUUUCAUUCGUAACCUCAGCUACAAAUGCACGUCCGACGAUCUCAAUGCGCUGCUGUUGCAAACUGUUGGAUACGCCAUCGAAAUCCAACUCAUGAGAGAUAGCCGGACCGGCGUGUUCAAAGGCGUGGCAACCGCCAAGUUUGCGUCGAAAGAGUUGGCGCAACACGCGGCAAACACGCUAAAUGGGCGCGAGCACAUGGGCAUGGUGCUGCACGUGCGCAUGGAUACCGAUACCACAGUGGUUGGACGAACCGAACCCAUGGUAGUGAACGGGUCGUACAGACACUGAUAGUUAUGGGCUGAACAUGAGUUCGAUUUGCGACGAAGAUAGUAUCUUUAGAGAACUAUACAUUGGCACCUUUUGACGCGGCGAAUUGCCGUGUGGCGUAGUGAAAUCAUGCUGUCACAAAAGUUUUGUACGCGAGGGCGUUGUUGUGGAAUAUCCAACUGUUCGGGUUUGUUAUAGGUAACGGCUAAUUGUAGUCAGAAAGGCAGCGGAGCAGUAUCCAUUAUCGAC